GUUCGUGGCACAUGAAGGUAUGCAGCGCGGAUCGCAUGCAGUUUGGAUUCUGUGGGCGAGGUGCGUUAUGCGGCACUGUACGGCAGAUAUACAGAAAUGGACUUAGUAAAUAUGGCAGAGGGGUCCAAAGAUCAGGGAGGAACGGGCACCGCUGAUCCCGAGGAGGACUCCCCGAACAUGAUUGUCUACAGAAAGAUUGAAGACAUUGUUACACGAAUCCAAGAUGAGAAAGCAGGAGGUGUAGCCAUACGGACUGUCAAAAGCUUCCUCUCCAAGAUCCCAAGUGUGGUAUCAGGCGCGGACAUUGUUCAGUGGCUGAUGAAAAACCUCUCCAUUGAAGAUCCAGCUGAGGCCAUCCAUCUUGGCAGUUUGAUCGCUGCCCACGGAUACAUCUUCCCCAUCUCUGAUCACGUUCUGACACUUAAAGAUGAUGGAACCCUUUAUCGGUUUCAGUCUCCAUACUUCUGGCCUUCAAAUUGUUGGGAACCCGAGAACACAGACUAUGCCAUUUACCUGUGCAAGCGCACAAUGCAGAAUAAAGCCAGGCUCGAGCUCGCCGACUACGAGGCUGAAAACCUCGCCAGGCUGCAGAGGGCUUUUGCCAGGAAGUGGGAAUUUAUCUUCAUGCAAGCUGAGGCUCAAGUCAAGAUUGACAGGAAGAAGGACAAGGCAGAGAGGAAGAUCCUUGACAGCCAGGAGAGGGCAUUUUGGGAUGUUCAUCGGCCAGUGCCGGGCUGUGUCAACACCACAGAGAUGGACAUUCGCAAGUGCCGAAGAGAGAAGAACCCACACAGGGUAAAAAAGUCGGUCUAUGGGGUGCCGGAUGACGGUCAGAGCCAGCCGAGUCCCGUCCACAUAAGCUCCCAGCCGACCAGGAAGACCACCAAAGAGGAUGUUCAGAAGGAGAUUACCUUCUUGAACAUCCAGCUGGACAGACACUGUAUGAAAGUUUCUAAAGUGGCCGACAGUCUCAUGAGCUACACAGAGCAGUUCAUGGAAUACGACCCCUUUGUGUCAGCCAUAGAGCCUUCUAACCCCUGGAUCAGUGACGAUGCUACCUUCUGGGACUUGGAGGCAAGUCGUGAACCCACCCAGCAGCGUGUGAAGAAAUGGGGUUUCUCCCUAGAGGAGGCACUAAAGGACCCGGCAGGACGAGACCAGUUCCUAAAGUUCCUGGAAUCAGAGUUCAGCUCAGAAAACCUGCGGUUCUGGUUAGCAGUGCAGGAUUUUAAGCGACGGCCACUCCACGAAGUUUCCUCCAGGGCGCAGGAGAUCUGGCAGGAGUUUCUGGCCGAAGGCGCUCCGAGCUCCAUCAACUUGGACUCUCACAGCUAUGAGCGCACCAGCCAGAACCUCAAAGACCCCGGCCGAUACAGCUAUGAGGACGCUCAGGAGCACAUAUUCAAGCUAAUGAAAAGUGACAGCUAUGCACGCUUUUUGCGGUCCAACAUUUACCAAGACCUCCUGUUGGCCAGAAAGAAGCAGCCAGCAGACACUGAACAGGGCCGCCGCACCUCCUUGGAGAAGUUCACCCGCAGUGUGGGCAAGUCAUUGACGGGAAAGCGCCUGACAGGCCUGAUGCAGUCGUCCUGACACAGCCUGUGCUGGAGGGGCACAGCCGGACCCUGUUUUGUGGGUGACUGCCGCGCAGGGGCCGGGGCAGGGGCGCAGACAGUGGAGCUGGGCUGGACAGGGCUGCUGUGGAGGCUCUCAGACGCUGCUCCGAGGACUGCUGCCAUAUUGGUAGUGCAGCACUGGGCCUGUUGGGGUGAAUGCCCCAAACUGAAACACUGAAGAUAAGGCAAUGUCGACAAGGGGAACCUCAGCCAACACAUAACAUGGCAUGCAGCAUCCACUAUAAGCACAUGCAGUGCAGGGCUACCCGCUCUCCAUCACUUAGGCGGCAAACUAGUUGCAAGUCUCGAUGAAGCCGAUCAGUUUGUUGUGUUCAGGUUGUUUUAUAUCUGCGUUCCUUAGAAAUGAAAAGAACAUCUGCGAAAUAUUCUUAGAUAGAACUACAUGUAACUUGCCACAACAUUUGCGGUGAUGAAUGCUGUCUUAUGAUUUAGGGAUCCAAAAAUAGCUGCAGCCAAUCCUAACUCGGACAUAAAUACAAAGUCUAAGAGGCACAUCAACACAGACACAAAUCUAUUUUACAUAUGCCUCUGUACUCACAAAGCAGCCAGCAAUAAAUAAAGCCUGUCCAUUUUUUUUUUUUUUUUUUAGAAAUAUCCAACCUCUUUUUAUAUCUUUCUAUUAUAUUUGUGUCCUAAGUAAAGCACAUGUCAGUUAAAUAGUGAGCUGUUUUAACACUGUAAAAAUACAGUACAAAGCACGUUUUCCCCCCACACUAGAGGCGUCUACAAAAUGGAUUUUUAAAGGUAUUCAUAUGCUUCAUUACAUUCCAAAAUUUGACAUAAGGGCUUAAUGUAGCAUUCACACUGCACCGUCGUGUGUUUCAUCCAAACGUCUGUGUUGAGAACUAAUGUUUCAUUUCUACAACACUGCUUUGUAAUGAGACUCGUGGCAAUGAUGAAUUUCUUCUGGCUGACAAAUUAGUCACUGCUUUCAUGACUUCCAGGCUUCAAGGUCCAAAAUUUUGCAGGAAGCUGCAGUCAAAUGAAUGUUUAAAAAGUCUGUGUGAAGAACUGAGGGGCUCGAAAACAGGGCCCGCAGUUUAAUUUAGUCACAGCCAUACAUGCACAGUCACACAUAGCACCUAAAUGCUUUUUUUUUUUUUUUUUUUUGGGCUUCUGCUGUAGUAUUUAAAGUAUCCAGUGCCAUGGGUCCAUCUAGUGGUAGUUACACCACGGGACCAGAAACAAGAGUGUUAAAAGACUGAAUUAUGUUGUAGUCACAUCAUUGUGUUGGAACAAGUUGAUCUCCCAUCACUGGAGAUAUUACAAGGCCUACUACCCUGAUUUAUGAUUUAUUGCUUUUUUUUUUUUUUUUCUGCAUGAAUAUAUUUUUUUAAUCAUGAAAUGAUACAUUUUUUUUUUUGUUGUCUCCAUCAAAAUAUCUGUCGUGUUUUAAUGAUUAUGGGGGUAAAAAAAAAUAUAUUUGCAUGUUGGACCAUUAUGGAGUUCUAACUUAGGGAAAGACGGUUGGAUUCUCCAAAGACGGCGCACAGACAGGGAUCCGCCCUGAACCGGAGCAACACUCCUCAGCGACUCAACAUCUAAGCCCCGAAUUGCAACUGGGAACAAUAUCUGACCCUUGACAGGAGACGCACACUGAAGAUAAAAAGCCUCACUGCUCCACUGUGGCGUCACACUCCUCCAGACAGAAAGUGCUCGGACUGAGGAGAUUACAGUCUCACAGCUCCCUCACGAGGCCAGUGACUGCUAUAGUGAUAAACUAGGCUGCUGAAAGAGUCGAUCGUCUGUUCUUUUGUAUUAGAGUCGUUGCAAUGCACUGUACAGGUCAUAUUAGUAAUUAUUGUUAACAUAAACCAGUAACCUCGUUGAGUAAAAGGUAGAGAGAUAUGCUUAACUCAAGUCAAUGUACCAAAUGUUAUCCUCAGCACAAACACAAUGACACUAUGUAUCAAGUGCAUUGUAAAUGUAAAUUGGCUAAAAAUUUCAUUAACCAAAAGCACACUUUAUUAUGAUAUGGGCACAUUACUAUGCAUGUAACAUAUUCAGGGCAUUUUGUGCUUUUAGUUUCUCAAUCAGCAAGAUAACUACUGGCACUCUGAAACACUCAAGCACCUGCUGUCUAUUCAUGGGUACCAAAUAAUAAACACUCUGGACCUGUCUGCUCUGCGCUGCUGUCUGGUUGCUGUUUUUUAACCACUUCGAGUCAGAAAACAAAAGAAGACAAAGGCGUCUCCUUUGUUUUAGCUGAGAGCUAGAGAACCAAUUUUCAUGCUGCAGGUAUGAGGUUGAUGUUAAAAAUCGAACAAUCGAGAUGUGGUUGAAGUGCAGACUUUCUGAUUUAUUUAAAAGGUGAGUGUUACAAAAAAUGUGUCACCGCCCCCAAAAAAUAUGAACCUAACUUUAUAACAUCAGGGAGAAUGAGCCAGUACGAUUCAUCAUUUUGGCAUCA